GGAACAGUGAGUACAUAUAUAAUAAGCAGAUGACUCAGUGCACCCCUGUAUCAGCAGCAAGCUGUAAGACAGGGCGCCAUUUAUGUCAUUGCUCCGGAAGUGCAGUGAUGGGGUGCCUCUGGUAUUGGAACCAUCCUGCCCGAGAAUGGACAAGCACAGGAAUAAGCUUACCAAAGCGAUCUUAAACUUUACCCUGGAGAUCAUCUACCUGUUGACUGGAGAGGAUUACUCAGUAACGAAGAAGACAUCUGGGGAGUUUGUCGUUCCCAGCAACUGCAGCAAUGUGUUAGGAGGAUGGAGCAGGACCCAGAGCCCCAUCAUGGAGUCUCCACCUCAUUCACUGCUAAAUGAGAGAAACAAGAGGCAAAAGAUCCUCAAACUCACCAAUAAGAUCAUUGAGCUGCUGACUGGAGAGGUUCCUGUAAGGUGUCAGGAUGUCAGCGUCUACUUCUCCAUGGAGGAGUGGGAGUAUUUAGAAGGACACAAGGAUCUCUACAAGGACAUCAUAAUGGAGGAGCAUAAGUCCUUCACAUCACUGGAUGGACUCCGAAAUCCACCAGAGCAAUGUUCCAACCUUCUACAGUUACCGGAUAUUUCAGAGCUAAAUUGGAAUUUUCCACAAGAUCAUCAGGGUGAAGAUCUUCUUGAUAUUGAAGUAAAAGAAGAAAUAGAAGAUGAUUGGCAGUAUGGAUCCAGCAAUAGAAGUGCACCUGAGAUAUAUCCCUGCCCUUUGUAUGUCCAGAAUUGUCCAGAGGGAAAUCGCAGCAUUCCACAGAAUUAUCAGGUUGAAGAUCUCACAAGAGGGGGAGUUAAAGCAGAAGAAGAAGAGGGGGCGUCGGUGAAGGGUGAUCAGCAGUGCAAGGAGGAGGAAAUUCCAGUAGAUAUUAGAGCAGCAGAUAAUCCAAGCAGGAACUCAGAGGGGACCUGCCUGUUGUCAGAUUAUCAAGUAGAAGAUAAAGAUAUCAUGCACCAUUCUUCAGUAGAAAACCUCAUUACUCUUAAUGUAUAUCUGGGACAUCACAAUAAAGAUCUGUCAUCUAAUCCCCCAAAUCAUGAGGAACCUUCUGAUCAAUCAGUGAUUGUUACCCCAAGAGCAGCAGGUAAUCCAAGCAGGAACUCAGAGGGGGCCUGUCUGUUGUCAAAUUAUCAAGUAGAAGAUAAAGAUAUUAUGCACCAUUCUUCAGUCCAAAACCUCAUUACCCUUAAUGUAUAUCUGGAACAUCACAAUACAGAUAUGUUGUCUAAUCCCUCAAAUUGUGAGGAACCUUCUGAUCAAUCACAGAUUGUUACCCCUGCAGGUCACAGAGCGGAUAAAAUGUUUCAAUGUGGUGAAUGUGGGAAACUGUUUACAAAAAAGUCAAAUCUUUCUGUACACAGGAGAAUACACACUGGGGAGAAACCAUACUCGUGUUCAGAAUGUGGGAAAUGCUUUACUCGGAAAUUUAGCCUUGAUCAACAUGUGCAAAUUCACACUGGACAAAAGCCAUUUUCAUGUUUAGAAUGUGGUCAAAGUUUUGAUCAGAAAUCAUUACUUUCCAGGCAUAAAUUAAUUCACACAGGUGAGGAACCAGUUGAAUUAACAUGUUCUGAAUGUGGCAAAUAUUUCAUCAAGAAAUCAGGUCUUGUCGAACAUCAGAAAAUUCACACAGGAGAGAAACCAUUCUCUUGUUCUGAAUGUGGAAAAGCUUUUAUCCAGAAAUCAGGUCUUAUUGAACAUAAGAAAAUUCACACGGGUGAAAGGCUGCAUACGUGUUUGGAGUGUGGGAAAUGCUUUCCCCGAAAAUCAAAUCUUGUUAGACAUCAAAGAUUUCACACUGGAGAGAAGCCAUAUCCAUGCUCAGAAUGUGGGAAACGGUUUACCCAAAGAUCAGUUCUUGUUGAACAUCAGCGAAUUCACACAGGGGAGAAGCCAUAUUUAUGUUCAGAAUGUGGAAAGCGUUUUACACAGAAAUCAGAUCUUGUUGAACAUCAGAGAAUUCACACAGGCGAAAAGCCAUAUUCUUGUCUUGAUUGUGGGAAAUGCUUUAUCACUAAAGUCAAACUCAAGGUUCAUCAAAGAAUUCAUACUGGGGAGAAGCCAUUUACAUGUUCUGAAUGUGGGAAAGGCUUCACACAAAAAUCACAUCUUAGUAAACAUCAUAGAUUUCACUCAGGAGAGAAGCCAUUUGCAUGUUCUGAGUGCGAAAAAUGUUUUUCCAAGAAAUCAAGUCUUGUUUAUCACCAGAGAAUUCAUAUAGUGGAUAAGCCAUACUCAUGAUCAAAAAUGCAGAAAUAUGUUUUACCAAGGAAUCGGAGCUUAUUUAGCUUUAUAGAAUUCAUUCAGGUUACAGAAUGUUCAUUAUGCUGGAAAUGUUUUAGAAAAAGAACAAGUCUUUUAGGAUAGCUUCUCAUAUAGGUUUUAUAUAGUGUCGGUUUUGUGAACUUUUG